AUGUUUUUUCUUUCUUUCUUUCUUUCUUUCUUUCUUUUUUCUUUCUUUCUUUCAUUCUUUCUUCCUUUCUUUCCCCCUUACUUUUACUCUUUCUUUCUUUCUUUUUUCUUUUUUCUUUCUUUCUUUCUCUCUCUCUUUCUUUCUUUCUUUCUUCCUUUUUUCUUUCUUUAUUUCUUUCUUUCUUUGUACGCUUUAUUCUCCCUUACUUUUACUCUUUCUUUCUUUCUUUCUUUUUUUUCUUUCUUUCUCUCUCUCUUCUUUCUUUCUUUUUUUUCUUUCCUUCUUUCUUUCUUUCUUUCUUUGUACGCUUUAUGUAUUUCUUUUGUUUUUUUUUCUGUUUCUUUCUCUGUUUCUUUCUACACUCAAGAAAGACAGUCCUUAAAAAAUUUUACUCUUUCUUUCUUUCUUUUUCUUUCUUUCUUUCUUUCUUUCUUUCUUUCUUUCUACACAUGUCCCUUCCCUCUCACUUUCACUUUUUGUUUCUUUCUUUCUUUCUUUCUUUCUUUCUUUCUUUCUUUCUACUCAUUUCCCUUUAACCCUAUCUAUCUUUUACUCUUUUCUUUCUUUCCUUUUUAUUUCACUCUUUCUUUCUUUGUACCCUUAUUGUUUUUCUUUCGUUUUUCUUCUUUUUCUACUCUUUUCUUUGAAGUUUCUUUCUUUCUUUUCUUUUCUUUUUUCUUUCUUUCUUCAUCAUUCCUUUUUCCUCGCUCUUCAUUCACUUAUUCUUUUUCCUUUCUUUCAUUUAUAUUCUUUCCGUUUUUUCCUCAAGAUUAA